CCUAGAGCUAUAAGUCAAAGAUGCUCCUUUAUAUCACAUAACUAUAACGGUGGCCAACAGCUGAUUAUUGCUGGUAUCAAGUAACAGUUAACCUAACCUGCAAUGAAUCCUUUCGGAAUGAACACAACUGUAGAAUAUGGGAAUGGUUUGCAGGAACAUUUUAAAACCUCACGUCACUACUGUGACGAGAAUGUUUCCAAAACAGAGGGAUAUUACAAUGUAUUAUUGAACUCUACUACAAACACUGACAUAUCAGGAAACGAAACUCAGGCAGUUAGUGGAAACAAUGCCAAUAUUCCUAUCCUGUUUUUCACUUUGGAUAAUUUUCGAUCAGCGUCUUCUGAAAUAAUAGCAGUCACCACUCUAGUUAUUGGAACCCUGGGUCUGGUCGGAAACCUUUUCACUAUUCUCAAGAUAACGAUUGAUAAAAAGUUCCACACGCCGACAUUUGCUGUCAUUGGAUGCCUGAGUUUUGCUGAUUUUCUUUCGAUUGUACGAUGUUAUGUUGUUUAUUUUACUACUCUGCCAUCUUUAGGACAUGGUGUGCAAGUUUCUACAAUGCUUUUCAUGGCGUUUGAAGCAUCUUAUUUCAGUUCCCUUGGACACAUGAUGUUACUCUCUGUGGUCAGGUACUUGAUGACCGUUCAUCCCCUACAGAGUAGAAGUCACCUGACCACAUUAGUAGUCAUCUUAUGGUCUGUUAUGGUGUGGAUACUAAGUUUGUUAUUGUCAUCAUUUGAAGCAUUAUAUAUAACUAUUUUACUGGCUGGUCAGAUAGAGAACCUAUCAACAAUUUUAAAUUGGAGUGUGAAUAUUCGUUCUCUAUUCCAAGUUCUUUUUCCUUUUUGUACAAUAAUAACUCUACAUUGUUUAAAAAUGAAAUCUCUGAGAUCGUCACAAGUCCGUACAAAUACUAGAAGGAAAAUGAAUUUGAUUAUUACCGUAAUUCUCAGUGUGUUUCUCACUUCUCAAAGUUUUAUCAUGGUGUGGAAUGUGAUGGAAUUACUUCGUUUUCAUGGAAUGUUUAAAUCUUAUAUCCACGUACUUGAAUUUUUAAAAUAUUUUAUGGAUGUAACAAUUCUAUCACAAUUUGUACAUUUUUCUUGUAAUCCGUAUAUAUACUUUUUAAUUUCCUUUUGCUUUAGAGCUAAAUGAUUAUACACAAAUAUGAUAUUUCAAUUCAGUUGUUUUUUUUUUUAUUGAAUAUUGAUAAUUUGUUACCUGAAUGCAUUAAGCUACAAGAUUCAAAUUGCUCACAUCUUAAAAGACUGUGUACGAUACUUACUGUCCGUCUAGAAUUUUAGAAAUAAAACAAGAUGUGAAUA